AAAAUGAAUUAUUUUUUUGGUUUUGAAACUUUUCACUACCAGCUUUUAGUGUUUUAUUUGGUUUUCAGCUGUUAAUGAAUCGGCAAUGUGUGGAAGUCUUGGAAAUCAUGCACGUGAAGAUGUUUGGCUGGCAGAAGCAGUUGUUUUCAGUCCAUUUAUUGGUUGCUGUUAUUCUUGUUGGCUCAUUUAAUUACCUAAGAUGUAGAAAUCGUGAAAAAAGUGUCUUUCUCGUUCAUGUUUACAGCAUGCAACAAUCUGCGAGUGAAUCUGUUAAAGGGAACACCAGAGUUGAUGUUAGCAAAGUUUUCGAAGAACAAAUUAAACGUGGAAAAUUUAGAACCUGGGUUGAAGUUGAAAAAGCUUUGAAGCUUUUUGAGAAUGUGAAGAUACCAUCCGUGUGUCUGCUAUCAUUUUAAAAAAAAUAUAUCGUGAGAGAAUCUAAGUCAAAUAAGGUUGAGCCGCAUGAAAAGUAUGAAUCUGUUGUGCUUGUGUGUAUUUUGGGGAACUAAAAGAAACUGGAAUCCUUAAGGAUCCAAAUACAUGAACUAGGACUACCCGUAAUAGAGCCAGUGUUAACAUCCAUUCGAUGGGUUGCAAAACGGUUUUCAAAGCGGAUAAAAUACGAUUAUCUGGUGAGUGUACGAACAAUCCCAGUUAAAGGUAAGACAUUAAUUAGGAAGAAUAACGUUCCGGGUGGUAGUCUACGAUCGGUGGUUUCCUCGAAGUUGUGAUUUUUCCGUGACUAUAAACACAGAUGUUCACGAUCUUUAAAAAAAACUAAAUAAAUUUACUUUGAAC